AAACGCCUGCUGUGUGCACCUCCCUCUGCUGUUGGCGCUAGCUAGCUUGAAUCAGCUCUAUAGCUUUCAGUAAUGCCUUCUAACAUUACGCUACCUCAGUGACAUUUAGUCAGUGCGAGUAUUACGUGACUGUUGACGACAAUGGGGCUACCGCAGAGCUCGUUUUUGUCGGACGGGGGAACUAAUAGUGGAUAUCAUGUCCACGGGGUUCAAGAGGACUCACCUGCUCUGAGGGCUGGUCUGGAGCCCUUCUUUGACUUUAUUCUCUCUAUUGGAAAUACCCGACUGAGUAAAGAAAGUGACUUGUUGAAAGACCUUCUGAAAGCCAAUGUGGAGAAAGCAGUCAAGCUUGAAGUGUACAACUCUAAAACCCAGCGGGUGAGGGAACUGGAGGUGAUACCCAGUAACAUGUGGGGUGGUCAGGGUCUCCUGGGUGCUAGCGUCCGUUUCUGCAGCUUUGAAGGAGCCAAUGAGAAUGUUUGGCAUGUCUUGGAUGUGGAAGCCAGUUCUCCUGCAGCGUUUGCUGGCCUUAUUGCUCACAAUGACUUCAUCGUGGGAGCCGAUCAGGUGUUGCAAGAUUCAGAGGAUUUCUUUUCUUUAAUUGAAGCCAAUGAGGGGAAACCUCUGAAGCUGCUGGUGUACAACACACAGACGGACCAGUGCAGAGAAGUAGUGGUGACUCCAAAUGGAGCAUGGGGAGGAGAGGGAAGCUUAGGCUGUGGCAUUGGCUAUGGCUACUUACACAGAAUCCCAACUCGUCCAGCUCAGCCUAACACCCAGGACAGAAAUGUUCUGCAAUCCACGUUGAUCGGCAGCAGCGAAGAGCUGGUCGCAAGUGAUAAUACUGAGGUGCCUUCAGUGGCCGCGUGUAGCCCCUCUAGCGUCAGUCAGAUAGAUUUGAAUCAAAUCAAAGAUGCUGUGCAGGACUUGUGUGUAACCUCACCCUCAGAGCCAACGGUGGACUUAGCAGAUAUUUCCAACAUAUCCGAAGCGUUGACUCCAGACUUGUCAGACAUGGUUUCCACCAAUGACAUGGGCCAGAGCUCCAUGUUUGCUAAUUAUGGAGAUGACUCUGGUGAUCAGCAUUGCUUCGAUACCUCAUCUGUUGACCAAAGACCUUCCUCUCUGGAGAGGGAAGAAGGAUCAGACGCCCAGGAGACCGAGCAGGGGCGUGUCGUUGACCUGAUCACUACCGCUUCUCCGAGCAGAGAGGCUGCGGAUGGCCUUGUAGGCGUUGAAGUCACCACAGAGAACCUGAGUGACAUGACUCUCCCAGAGGUGAAAGGUACUAGUUCAGACCCCUCAAGUCCAGCCAAUAUCAUGGAGGAUGAGACGUCUAAGACUGCUCCAUCAGACAGUUAAGAAGACUGCUGUACCACCGUAUAAGUAACUUGUUUAACAAGUUGCAUUACAGUCGAUUUAAAGUACACUAUGAUACAGAAAGCUUCCUUUAUGAUUAUAUGUUUCAUCACUGGAGUUAUUUUUCACUGGAGUUAUAGUUUAUUCUAAAACUUAAGUUGAUAUACAGGUGCCAUCGCUGCAUGUUGAAUUGCACAUUUAAGAAGGAUAGUGUGUUGACUGGAUGGUCAAUACAGUCUGAAUGUACUCUAAUUUAGGUAUACUGUAUGUGUGAACAUCAAGCAGGAUGCGGCCUUAGUUGAGUCUUAUUUGCUGCUAAAAGUCAUCCUGAAGGUGAAUAAUAUUCUGUCUUGUUGCUCUGAUCACCUGCUGAAUAGAAGGAAAUGCUGUUAGAAAAAAGUUUGAGCUGGAGUUACACAGAUCCAUCAUGUGGUUUUAUUUGUUUUUCUGUUUUAGAAUUUGGGGUCGAUGUUUUUAUUUUCCCUCUGGGUUCAGUUUGAUAUGUGUACACGUGUUAAAAAAUAUACAUUUAAUCUCAGGCAGUUACCAUUUAAGCCUCUUUGCCUUAUGACUAAUUUUAAAUCCCCUCUUUUCUUAUGUGUAGGUUUGACUUUUGAUUGGUGUAAAUGGGUGAGCCAUGUUUGUUGAUGCAGCUCUCUGAUUGUUUUCUGUUUCUUCCCUUUAUGUAGAUUUUAAUUAAUUUAUGUGUCAGAUUUUUAUGGAUGGACAAAAAUAUUGAAAUAUUUAUAAAAAAGAAGAUGCUCACAAGAAA